CUCUGCAGGUGUGGAUUCAUUCAUGUGGCAUGAAAGUAUAAGAUGAGCUCUUCUAGUUCUAGUUAUACAGAGGAUUUCAGUCCAAGUUCAAGCAAGAGCAGCAGCACAGAGCAGUCUCUACCAAAAUUGGACCUUAGUACUUUGGUGAAGCAUGGACAAAGCAAUCGCCCUCCCGAUGAUUCAAGGAAAGUGUUUAUCAACUCAUGGCUGGCCUCGACCUCACAGACAGAGAUUAUUGAAAAUCAAGAGUGUGAGGUAGUGAUUGAAAGUGACGAUGACGAGAGCAGCAGUGUUAUCGCUGCUCAACCUUCUGUUCCAGUUAUUGUUUUCACUGGCACAAACGAAGCUCCCAAUGUUGCCUCGAGCACUGAUGCCGUGCCAACUAUCAAUAUCAGUGAACCCGAGGAGGUUAAGGCACAGACAGACAAGUCAGCGUUUAGGAAAAGAGCCAAGUCUUACCCAGCAAUAGAACAACAAUUGAUACAACCAAUGUUGGAGCUACCUCAGCGCGUCGUCAACCAAGGAGCUAGCAAGAAUACGGCAUCUAUGUCUAGCAAGAAUACGGCAUCUAUGUCUAGCAAGAAUACGGGAUCUAUGUCUAGCAAGGAACAUGCAGAACAAAAUAUGUCCAAGUAUGCCCAUGUGGUUGUCACGGCAAGAAAGUGGAAAAAGAAAGCUAAGGAGGGAGUAGUAGAGGACUUGGAAGAAGAAGCAACAGCAACAAGGCAGAAAAAGAGAGCAUUUAUAGAGAUUCCCAGAGCUCUGAAACUUGAAGUGUUGGAGGAUGCUUACCCCAUAGUGCAGGCAACUUAUCAAAUGUACAAGUCCUAUCUGGGUUCAAAACACAAGUUAAGUGUUCAAGCAGAGCAGCACUUGAAGAGACUGAGCGUUCAACUUGGAAAGAACUCCACAAGCAAGAGUACCUAAAACAACUAUUAUAUAUACUGUAUAUAAUUAUAAUUAUACUGUCAGGUGUAUUAUGUAUAAUUGUUAUGCAAAAUUAUUAUUUAUUUUGUCAAGUGUAUGCUCAAUGCCUUUUUAUUGGUACAUUGUAAGGUUUUCAAUAUGCAGA